AUGUUAAUUGUUCAAAAUCGAAGAAUAAAUAUUUAUGAAAAUUUGAUUUUUUCAAUAUCAAUAACAUUAUUUAAUUUGUCUGCUUUUAUUAAUUCAAUAUUUUUUUCAAAAUUUCUAUAUAAAAAUGGUGCAUUUAGUGGUUUUUAUUCAUAUGGAACAAUAGAAGAAGAUAUAUUUGCUAUUUUUGAUAUAUUUCCACAAAUAAGUGGAUGUAUAAUAAGUUUAAUAUUAAAUGGAAUAAUUUUAAUAAAAAUAAGACAUGAAAAGAAGCAAGCAGCAUCAAUGAUAAAAGGUGGUACAAAUGAAACAACAUUAACAAUAAAUAUUUUAUUUCAUACAAUAAUGCCAUUAUUUUUAGUUAUUUAUGCUAAUGUAUAUUAUCAUUUAGCAUUUCAAUAUAAUAUUCAGUCAAAAGUUGCUGAAAAAAUAUUUGUGCUUUUAGAUUUAAGUUAUAGUAUAGUAUGUCCAUUAUCACUUAUACUAUUUAUAGGAAUUUAUCGUUCAUAUUUUAAAAAAAUUUUUUGUUUUAAUAAAAUAACAUUAACAAAAGUUUCAAUGACAAAAAAUAUAAUGGUUUAA